AAAGUAUCUCAAAAUUGAAACCAAUUCAACCAAGAAGAGGAAGAUGGAUUUCAGGCUAAUGGGUAUCGACACACCACUCUUCCACACUCUCCAGCACCUUAUGGACGCCGCCGGUGAUGAUUCCGACAAGUCCGUCAACGCCCCAUCAAGAAACUACGUACGUGACGCUAAGGCAAUGGCUGCAACACCAGCGGAUGUGAAGGAAUACCCAAAUUCCUACGUUUUCGUUGUGGACAUGCCAAGGUUGAAAUCUGGAGAUAUCAAAGUGCAGAUGGAAGAUGACAAUGUGUUGCUGAUCAGUGGAGAGAGGAAGAGGGAGGAAGAGAAAGAAGGGGCCAAGUAUAUCAGAAUGGAGAGAAGGAUUGGGAAAUUCAUGAGGAAGUUUACACUGCCUGAGAAUGCGAAUAUUGAUGUGAUUUCUGCUGUUUGUCAAGAUGGAGUUUUGACUGUUACUGUCCAGAAAUUGCCUCCACCUGAGCCUAAGAAACCCAAAACUAUCGAGGUUAAAAUUGCUUGA